AUGCAACCCGAAGUGUUUGCGCCGUGGACUGAUGCUGUCGGAGCAGGAUUGAUCAUCGCACCUCACACCAAGCCAGAGCGGUUUCUCGGCCUCUUGCUGUUGACCGAUACAUGGCAUGCACCGGUUGCCCGGCAAACGAAAACAUCGUGGAAACUUUCGACUUGAUGCGAAACUUGCACAAGCGUCGUCCACGCUACUAAGUCCGCGACUCAUCGCACUCGUUCGUCUGGACGCAGCCUCGAUCAUGGCCCACAGCGCUAUCAUUUCUAAUCUCGCAGUAAUUUGAGCUAUUGCGGACAAUAUGGCGCAGAUAAGCCCUU